UUGGCGCGUGCAGGCGCAGAUGUGGUAGCUAGGGAAGGGAAAUAAAUCAUACAAAAUAUUAAGUACACUGAAGAAAAGGGAAAAAAAGCUUAUUUCGCGAUGGAGUUGGUGAACCAGAUGUUGGUGGAGCAUCCGCAGCUGGUGUACAGCGGGGUCGGGGCCGCAGCGUUUCUCACCGGCGGCGCGCUUUUUUACACAAUCACGAACAGGAAGAAACCAACGCACGUGAAGGUGAAUUGUUGGUUCUGUAAUCAGGACACAGAGGUUCCUUAUGGAAACAGGAACUGCUGGGACUGUCCGUACUGUGAGCAGUACAAUGGCUUCCAAGAGAAUGGUGACUAUAACAAACCAAUCCCUGCGCAAUAUAUGGAGCACCUCAACCAUGGCGUGUCAGCUGGACUUCCAGUGUCCGAAACCCCGAAAACUCUGCAGUGGGUAAACUGUCAAAUGCUGCUGUGCAAGAAAUGCAACAACAACCAGGCAGUGAAGGUUAAGCAGCUGGCUUCAUUCACACCCAGAGAGGAGGACAAUUAUGAUGAAGAGAUUGAAGUGUACAAACAUCAUCUUGAGCAGACGUACAAGUUGUGCAGACCGUGUCAGACUGCAGUGGAGUACUACAUCAAGCACCAGAACAGGCAGCUCAGGGCUCUGCUCCUUAACCACCAGCUCAGACGCAGCCGAGAUGCAGACAAAGCAUUCGUCACGAGCUCCUACACAGUCUCCAGCCCCACCUGGCUCAUAGCGCUGCGUGCCCUGGCUUUCCUUGCUUGUGCUUUCCUGGUUGCGCUGGCUGUGUACGGAUCUGGAGACACAUCCUCCCCCUCGGAUGGCUCCGACAUCUUGAAGGGAGAAGUCGCGCCACCCAAACACGCUCUCCAAAAUGACACCGAAGCCAAAGUUAAUGACAGCACCAGUACCGGAAGCGGACAGAUGUGGAGCGAUUUGGUGAGCCUUCUUCCAGAAGAGGCUAUACAGAACGCCAAACUGAUCUGGGAAUCUGGAAGCAACCAUCAGAUGGCCGUAGCUUCUGUCGGCCUUUUGACUUGCAUCACCGGUGUCCUAAUGGCAGGGCCUGUCAGGUUAAGAAGAAUUGACGCCUUCGCUUCUUUCCUUUGGCUCCUCGUGUUAUGCCUGUACUUCGUUGAGUUCUACCUGAAGUCAGACAUCCCCGAUUGGCUGGACGUGAUUAAGCUUGGCGCCACGUCCUUGUGUUGCUUGGUCGGAUUCGCCGCAGCCGUGGCCACACGCAAGCCCGCGAGUCAGAGGAGAACCAGAGGCCGCAGGUAUCUGUCUGGCAGUUCUUUUGGGACAUACUGCAGUGGUCAGUCCCCGAUGGUGUCUGGAUCAUCUACUUUUAUCCCGACUCCUCCUCCCAACCUGGCACAGCUCCUCGCUCACCAGCAGAGCCAGAAAACUCGUCGAGCGUCACCUUCCUCACUGCCAGGUCGUCUCAACAGAGCCCUCUCACUUGGCACCAUGCCAUCCCUCGCCAGGCAAGAUUCUGGUUUCCUGUUCAGCGGGAGUAGGCCGUCAUCACAGUGCAAAGACUCUCCUUCUUCAGAUUAUUUCUCUCUGAAGUCAGGAAGUCGGCCCUCCUCCCCUGCUCCCUCCCCUGCACCAUCUGUGGCAGGUUCGGUCACGUCCUCCUCCAGCUCAGCCAGGCAGCGGCGGCCGCUUAUCAGUCCAGCACGACUUAACAUCAGUGGGCAGAAGCUGCAGCUUUUCUCCACUCCACUGGAAUCCAGGAGUCUUUCACCUCAACCUCCAUGUUUGUCAGAACUGAACUACUUCAACAGCAGAGUAUUCAUGCCUGAUGUUCCUCAUUACCCCUCGCACAAUCAUGACUUGGGUUCUCUGUUUGAGGAUGGCAGUGUCUUUGGAGAUGCAAAAAACAAAAUGAGCAGCUCUUCAGGGUCAUCCAACUGCCAUGUGGACACAACCACAGGGAAUGAAAAUGACGCCAAGACCAAAUGGAAAGGUUGUUUUGCCAAAUCCAUAUGGCCGGGUCUUUUGGUCACCAGCUUGACUGCCAACUUAACCUUUAUAUCAUUCUAUCUUUACUGCAACUGGAGAUGAAAAUGGGGAUCACAAAUGUCAAAUUAUUGAUUGCCUCAUAAUGUGAUGUACGCUCUGAUUAGGUGCUCUCAACCUCUUUUAGACUGGAACGGUCUACAAAAUAGGGUUUUACGCUACUGGUAGCUACUUGCUUGUCUUGGCAAAUUCUGCGAUCCAAAAAGAGGUCUAUUUUGUGCUAAGUCAGCAUUUAAGAACACUUAAAUAAACUAAGCAGUAUUACAGUAAGUACCAGUUAUGUUCUGCUCACAAAUAGAAGUGAGCAUCCCAUCAUGCGGAGAUCCAUAGCAAACAUUGCUUUCAUAAAGAUGUCUGAACUAAAGCAGCAUGUUGUGAUUAGCUGAAGAGAAUUAGCCUUUGUGGUUUAUUUUAACUGAGCAUUCAGCAGGCUACAUGAGGUGCUAUUGUACUGUAUAAUGAUAUCUUUCUAUGAUUAUUACAAGUCUUUAAGUGGAAUGCUAUAAUGUGAGAAAUUCUGUAUGAUUGUGCUCAUACUUAUAUUUUCAGUAAAUUACUAUUGAAAGGAAGCAAAAACUUUUGAAUGUCUCCAGUUCAAUACGCUGAACAGUUCAGGCGUACCCGUGUACUUCCUUCACACAGCUACACAUUUAUGUAAAUAUUUUAUUCUUUGUGAUUUAUAAACACAACGUAUUACACUACAUGUACACUCAAUUGAUAAAUUCAGAACAUGAUUAUUUUAUAUUUUGUUUCAGUGAAACAUACUAAAUAUUCCUCCUCAGAUUAAGCUGAAAUCAUGAGUGAAUACUAAAGAUCUUAAUAACGGGAUUUGAUUUAAAAUAGUUAAAGUAUUAACAUUCAAACUUAGAAGGUUAAUGUUCUAUACUUUGUUGCAAAGGAAUGCAGUGUUUUUUUUAUUUAGCAAUUUUUGUUUUCACUGUGCACAAUUCAUGGCAAGCUCUGGUGUGUAUGAAUUUAUACAAUGUGAAUGUGUAUGGUGAAUUUUCAAUGACUAAUCACGGGUAUGUUAAAACCAUAAAUACACUGUCAGUUAAUAACAGCCUGAUAAAGCCAGGUUACGGUUUGUAAGUUACAUAAAUGGGACAUUUUGCCUACUUUUGCAUGCUCUUUGUGUGUAUGAAACAAAUGUAUGUGUGUAAUGAAGUUUGGUUAUAUUAAGUGUCCCAAUUGUCUAGUUGUGAUCUAGUUUAUCAAGUUGUGAGAUUUUUUUUGUCAAUUAUAAUUGAUUCCCUGAAGUGUUAUUUAAUGAAAUAAACAGCACAACUGCAGAAUAAAAUCUCAUGUUUCAAAUUAA